GCAGAGCGGUAGGUGCUGCAGCCCAGUCGCGACAGGUGCGCUGGGCGGACGGAGCGUAGGACCGUGGCGGUGCAGCGCAGAGCCCCGACGGCUUUCUAGUCAGCCCACAGGUGUCUCAGAGUCUGUAGACAAGAUGGAAUCGACUCCAUUUAGUAGACGGCAGUGGACUUCCCUGUCGCUGAGAGUAACAGCCAAGGAACUUUCUCUUGUCAACAAGAACAAGUCAUCCGCCAUUGUGGAAAUAUUCUCCAAGUACCAGAAAGCGGCUGAAGAAUCAAACAUGGAAAGAAAGAAAACCAACACUGAAAGUCUCCCCCAGCACUUUAGAAGAGGGACCCUGUCUGUGUUAAAGAAGAAGUGGGAGAACCCGGUGGCUGGGGCAGAAUUCCACACAGACUCACUGCCAAAUAGCAGCAGUGAGGGUGGGCACACAGCAGACCACCCUUCUGCUGGAGUGACGGACAAGCCUGCUCCUGGAGCCAGAGCUGACCGGGAAGAGCAAACCCAGCCCAAACCUAGAUUCGGAUCUCGUCCGGAAGCUGUUAUCCAGUGUCGGUAUCCCCGCUUAGAGGACAGCCACGAUUUUAAAGCCCAGGCCACAGAAAGCCAAAAAAUGGAAAACUGUCUGGGAGAUUCCAGGCAUGAAGCAGAGAAGCCUGAAACGAGCGAAAACACAGAAACUUCAGGCAAAAUAGAGAAAUACAACGUUCCGCUGAACAGACUAAAGAUGAUGUUUGAGAAAGGUGAACACAGCCAAACCAAGAGCGUCUGGACUCAAAGCCGAAAUGCAGGCGGAAGGAGACUCUCUGAAAACAGUUGUUCCCUGGACGAUUUGGAAAUAGGUGCAGGUCAUUUGUCUUCCUCUGCGUUCAAUGCGGAGAAAAACGAGAGUAAGCGGAAUCCGGAGCUUCCACGCCUCUCCGAAACCUCCAUAAAGGACCGCAUGGCCAAGUACCAGGCCGCCGUGUCCAGGCAGAGCAGCCCAGCCAGCUACACAAGUGAACUGAAAGCCAGUGAAAGCAGAACUCAUAAAUGGGAGCAGAAGGAAAAUGUACCCCCAGGCCCCGAGGCCUGCAGCAUCCAUCAGGACGCGAGCAAGGUUUCUGUGACAGAGAACAGCCUGGCGGCCCACUCCGUCCCUGCUGAAGAUGACACCUGUAACUCCCAGGUGAAGGGCGAGGCCCAGCAGCCCGUGCACCCUAAGCCGCUGAGUCCUGACGCCAGGACUGCCAGUCUUCCGGAAAGUUCUCCUUCCAAAACAGUGAAGAAGUUUCAGGUGCCUGCAAAGGAGAGCUGCGUGGAGUGUCAGAAGACGGUGUACCCCAUGGAGCGGCUCCUGGCCAACCAGCAGGUGUUUCACAUCAGCUGUUUCCGAUGUUCCUACUGCAACAACAAACUUAGUCUAGGAACAUACGCAUCCUUGCAUGGAAGAAUCUAUUGCAAGCCUCACUUCAAUCAACUCUUCAAGUCCAAAGGCAACUAUGACGAAGGCUUUGGGCACAGGCCCCAUAAGGAUCUGUGGGCAAGCAAAAGUGAAAGUGAGGAGACUUUGGGGCGACCAGCCCAGCCUCCUAACGCAGGGGAGGCCCCCCACAGCCCAGGGGUGGAAGAUGCCCCCAUCGCUAAGGUCGGCGUGCUGGCCGCCAGCAUGGAAGCCAAGGCCACGUCUCAGAGGGAGAGGGAGGAUAAGCCGGCGGAGACCAAGAAGCUGAGGAUUGCCUGGCCUCCGCCCGCCGAGCUGGGCGGUUCCGGAAGUGCCCUGGAGGAAGGGCUCAAGGUGUCGAAGCCCAAGUGGCCUCCGGAGGAUGAGGGCUGCAAGGCGGAGGCUCCCGAGGACGUCGAUCUGGACCUGAAGAAGCUGAGGCGCUCUUCGUCACUGAAGGAGCGGAGCCGCCCGUUCACCGUGGCAGCGUCCUUUCGAACCUCGUCCAUCAAGAGCCCCAAGACCUCGGCGCCGUCUCUCAGGAAGGGUUGGAGCGAGUCGGAGCAGAGAGAGGAGUUUGGAGGAGGGAUGGCCUCGGCGGAAAGGAAACAAGCGGAAGAUGCCAGCCCCUCUGCGGAGAGAGAGAAUGUGGCAAAGUCACGCCGGCAGAGCGAGGACGGCCCGCAGGAAGCGCCGGGGAGCAAGGACAGACGGUCUUUGCAGCUGGAGAGGGAGAGUUUUAUCGAGAACGGCGACGCAGACCCCGCUGAAGAUGACAGCCAUGUCCCCGCACAGCAGUCUCCGUUAGAGCCCAAGUCUCCGGGUUGGGCUGGCUUUGUAGACACCACAGCUACUAAAGAACUCACUACCCAGAAUCAAAAAUCCCAAGAUGUCGGGUUCUGGGAGGGGGAAGUGGUCCGAGAGCUGUCUGUGGAGGAACAGAUAAAGAGAAACCGGUACUAUGACGAGGAUGAGGAUGAAGAAUGACCGGCCGCUGUGGCACCGGGCUUAGUUCCCCUUAGCAACUCCCUGCCCUUUUAUCAAGUGGUGCGCAGAAUCAGGCAGCCUGGCGCCCAGGGUCAUCUAUGUGGCAGCAACUCUGGAAAUGAAAUCCCGCUAGCAAACCAGAACAAAAACAAGCAAAACAAAAGACACAAAACCAAACAAAAACCCCAAACCAUUUCUAAAUGCAUCGCCAAAACAACCACCUUAAGUCUGGUGUGGUGGUACACACCUUUAAUCCCAGUACUUGGAAAGCAGGCAGGUCUCUGAGUUCGAGGCCAGCCUGGUCUACUGAGUGAGUUCCAGGACAGCCAGGGCUACACAGAGAAACCUUGCCUCAAAACAAAACAGAACAACAACAACAAACCCAAACAAACAAAAGAAACCCUCCUUUUAGCGGGGAAGGGCUGAGCAGGGAUCUCUCUCCGCUGCACCCCAUCAUCCACUGCUUUCCCAAAAAUCAAUAUUAAAGUGGCUGGGUAUUUAGAGGCACAUUUUCACACUACAAAGACUGUUGAGGAGUUAGAGAUACACAGAGCACAUCUAGGAGCCCACCUCAUGACCAGAGGCACUUUAUAUAAAGGGCACAGUGUAGCUAGCUAUUAGUACUCAACUGCUGAAAUCAAAUAUUUAGUCUUUCAAGCUCUUUAAGUGCAUUUUCUUCCUCUGGUAGACACGGGACACUUACUGCCUUUCCUCCUACUGCCCUGCAUUUCUAAUCACUCAGUCAGGAAACGGCAACCUUCGGCCAAGUGAGAGGGCUCACCCAGGGAAAGGUGCUGGUUACAAAAACCUGAGCAGCUGAGCUCAAUCCCCAGAGCCUACAUAAAGGCGAGAAGCUGCACAAAGUUCUCCUCUGACAAACGUUCCCUGUGGUACACAUGCCCAUCGUCAACAAUAAUAAACAAGUUUAAAAAAAUACAGCCAACCUUACAAACACCUCUGAGACAAAGAGCCAACCUAUAUACUUCUGUGUUCGGAGAGACAGACAUUGUACCCAGAUAAGCGUGUGCCAGUGUGUCUAUCUGCACUCUGGCCGGUUGCCCUCUAUUCUGGAGGCUCCUCACACUUGACUAGGAGCUGCAGUGUUUGUUGUAUAAGACCUUUUGGAUCACGGUUCACCAUGCUCCAAGUAAAAUAACCUGAGAUUAGAACUCCGGAGCCUCAGGGGUGAGACAAAUCUUGUUAGAACUCGCCAGCUCUGAAAUGUAUUGAUUUUUAUGCAAGUUGAUAUUUCCAGGGUUGCGUUGAAUCAGUUUUAGGUCUGUCGUCUUAGGCCGUGUCCUCCUUUGAUUCGUUGUUGUGAUAAAACACUGAGCAGAAGCAACUUGAGGAGGGUUCACUUCCACUCACGGGCCACAGGUCACAGUCAAGGGAAGCAGACUGCGUAGGAACACUGCUCGACAGCUUCGUCUCUGUGGCUUACUCAGCUGGCUUUCUUACACCACCCAGGGCCACCUGGCCAGGGGUGGCCCUACUCACAAUAAAAGCAGACAAGGUCUACGGAUUCAUUGGCUAGAGACAGUUCCUCAGCUGAGAGUUCUGCAUCCAGGUGAUUCUCUGUCAGGCUGGCAAACCCUGAGGACCACAGGCGGUUUUCUCUGGUAUUAAGACUUUAGGACAUUAUAAAUGAGUGCAUUUCUUGUAUGUGACUGAUAUCCCAAAUUAUGUGGGGGGGGGGGGCGGUUUAAGGUAGAGAGGCCUUUUUGCGUUUGUAGAGCUUUAGCUCUGUUUUAGAGAUGUAAAAUGAUCAGUUUCCUUAUGGUCUUGUUUAGCCUAAAACAUUUUUACUCAAUAAAGCUUUUAAUUUACA